AUGAUACACACGACGACCACAUUGUCUUGCUCUGCCAUGGAGAAAAGCAACACCGCUACUGCCAGUGGAAACGGUCCUAUCAAGGACCGCAACGGCCCUUUUCAGGGCCACAACGGCCCUUCUAAGGGCCACGACGUUUCGACAUCGUCAAAUGUGCAACCACAACUUCAGCAUGAAUCAAGUUCAAGCGGGUGUGAAGUCUUUGAAAUGAGUGAAAGGUACGUUUACUUUUUGCCAUCUGGAGAAUAUGUGUAUCUGAUGAUCAGCAAGAAUCAAACUGAUCCAGGUAAGCGUCUCACGAUGAAAACCAACCGCAAGAGGUCUUGUCCUGCAAUCCGAAGAGUGAGACCGCAUCAGAAUCCCAAAUUUGUCGAGGGGACCGAAACUUCUGUUGCACUGCCAUUGAGAUGCAUACUUGGGAGGAAUAAGUUGACUGGAAACAUCGUGAAGGAAUAUCGAAAAAGGAACAGCCGCAAGGAUUUUGUGGAGAGUGCAAAUCGAUGGAUCUUGCAUUGUCGCCAGGGAGACGGAGGACCAUCGAGGCAA